UCCCCUCCCCCGUUCGUUUCCUGACUCGGUGAACCUGACAGUCGCCGUUGUCCGGGACCAAAGACCGUUGAGGGUUGCAGUGAUGUCGGCAGCUGCUGCGGGGACCAGCAAAGCAGCCCACAGCGAUGUGGCCCCGAAGAAGAAGAAGGGACCCGGCGCGCUGGCUACGGCCUACCUGGUCAUUUACAACGUUGUUAUGACAGCGGGGUGGCUGGUGAUAGCUGUGGGUCUGGUCAGAGCUUACCUGGCCAGAGGAAGUUACCAUGGGCUGUACUACUCCAUAGAGAAGCCUCUGAAGUUCUUUCAGACUGGAGCUAUUCUGGAGAUACUGCACUGUGCUGUAGGAAUUGUACCGUCCUCUGUGGUCCUGACUGGAUUCCAGGUCAUGUCCCGGGUCUUCCUCACCUGGGCCGUCACACACAGCGUCAGGGAGGUGCAGAGCGAGGACAGCGUGCUGCUGUUUGUCACAGCCUGGACCGUCACAGAGAUCAUCCGCUACUCUUUCUACACCUUCAGCCUGCUCAAUCACCUGCCAUACCUCAUCAAAUGGGCCAGGUACACCUUUUUCAUCGUGCUGUAUCCCAUGGGAGUGACUGGGGAACUGCUGACUAUCUAUGCAGCGCUGCCGUACGUGCAGAAGACAGGCCUGUACUCUGUCACUCUCCCCAACAAGUACAACUUCUCUUUCGACUACUACACCUUCCUCAUCCUCAUCAUGAUCUCCUACAUUCCCCUCUUCCCCCAGCUUUACUUCCACAUGAUACGACAGAGGAAGAAGGUGUUGGGCCACGUGGAGGACUACAGCAAAGUGGAGUGAGCUGAACAGUAUUGAGACAGAUCUGAGCGAGGGAAAAGAAACCAAAACAACCAACAGAAGAAGAAGAACAAAAUCAUGUUUGCUCAUUGAAACACAAAAUCCCCAAACCCCCAGAACUGACCUGGCAAAUGAUCCAAUUAUCAAGCAACAUAAUUUUUUUUUCCAGCUGUAGUCUGGGUUGUAAUGAUGCUCACAAAUCAUGAAAGAACUGGGGUUAUAUUUUUGUUGUUGUUUUUAUUUAUGAACAAACUGCAGUUACUUUUGUAUAGUGAGAGCUUGCAGCUACAACCGAACUGUAUUUUGACUUGGAUACAGUUGUGCUGCCAUCUGAGCAGUGAGCAGAACUCAGUCACAGCAAAGCAUUUCUGUCAGUGCAAAUUAUGCACUGAUAGAAUCGAUAACCUCCUUUUAAAUGACACUAUAGAAAAUUCCCAAUCGAUUUCUCAUGUCCCCAUCGCUUGUCUUUUUUUUUUGUUUAUUUGUUUGUUUUUAAGAAGCAGUUCUCCUUUACUACGCUGCAGAAAGAAUAAUGUGAACACUAGUGCUGCAACUAGGUUGUCUGUAGGUUUUGCAUCUACAGUGUGUUUGUAGGUGCAAACUGUGGUCCAGAUUUGUCAUUUUUUUGUUUUGUUUUCUUUCAUUCAUUUCAGUCAAAAGUUUGAUUACAUUCCUAAUUUAGUCUAAUAAACAUUUUUCAUUCUGUG